AUGUGUGCGUGUGUGGUCAUACUGGGUGGCAAAUGUAAAGCUGAACGAUCGUCAACAAUAUCGUUCUUACCUCAACUGUCACCUCCAUCAACAUCUCCCUCCUCCUCAUCAACAUCUCCCUCCUCAUCAUCAGCAUCUCUCUCCUCAUCAUCAUCUUCUUCCUCUCCCUCCUCAACUGCAUCAACAUCUACACCGCCAUCCACCGACCAGCUCCUCUACGCGCACCGAACGGUGAGAACCGACUUGAACGCCUCGCUAAUGUGGAUGACAUACGCAGACGAUGACAUCACUUUCCACGUGCGUGCUAUCUGCAGUGCGAAAUUGAAAGGGCCAAUUUGUAGCGAAUGUCAGCCCACAGAUAAUAGUGAAUCCGGUCACUAUAGAUGCCAGGAAGUUACGGAGGACAUGGAGUGCCUGCCCGGCUGGUCCGAUCCCGAUAACCUAUGCAGGACACCCAUUUGCGAUCCAGCUUGUGUCAGUGGAGAAUGCAUCUCUCCGAAUGAAUGCAGCUGCUUACCUGGCUGGAAGGGUGAGAGGUGUGAAACGUGCGUCCCGACGCUGCCCUGCCACCCAGUGAAUGGGUACUGCACCCACCCUGGCGAGUGCCUCUGCAAGCCCGGGUGGGGGAACGGAAUCAUUGGAUGUGAUCUUGGUUUGUAG